AUGCAGCUGACUUGUUUGUUAAAUCUACUACUUCUUCAGCUCGCAUGUGCUGCCCCUGCACCCGAUGCUAGCUUCCAACGGGAUCUCCAACAGCUCUUACGGGUACCACCAACUCAUCCAUUCAAUCAACAACCCAUCUCUGGGGCACCGCCAUUUUCUCCUGGACAUCGUGAUCCAUAUGAUCACAAGGUAGAUUCGGUAGGGGAUGGCCGACAGCCACUCCCAUUCCGAAAUGGAGAUGGUACAACCGUUAUGGGACCACGCAAUCGAGAUCGCGAGCGUCAGAAUCCUGAUCUUGUCCGUCCUCCGAGUACAGAUCAUGGUAGCAUGCCGAAUAUGCGAUGGAGUUUUGCUGACUCGCACAUUCGAAUUGAAGAAGGAGGCUGGACACGACAGACUACAAUUCGAGAGUUGCCUACCAGCCGUGAACUGGCCGGUGUGAAUAUGCGUCUUGAUCAGGGAGUCAUCCGUGAACUACAUUGGCAUACUGAGGCUGAGUGGGCCUAUGUGCUUGCCGGAAACGUCCGAGUCACCGCGUUGGAUCCAGACGGGGGUAGUUUCAUGGAUGAUCUCGAAGCCGGUGAUCUCUGGUACUUCCCUGCUGGACACCCUCACUCCCUCCAAGGUCUAGGGGAGAAUGGUACCGAGUUCUUGUUGAUCUUUGACGAUGGGCAUUUCUCUGAGGAAUCUACGUUCAUUCUGACUGAUUGGAUGGCGCACACCCCGAAAGCAGUUCUAGCAGAGAACUUCCGCAUUGCAGCAAACAAAUUCGACAAAAUCCCCACAUCCGAAAAAUAUAUCUUCAAGGGCACGAACCCCGGCAGCAUCGAAGAUGAAAAGCCACGCGGCUUCAAGAAAUCCAAGAUCAACUUCACCCACCACAUGCAUGCACAGACACCAAUAGACACCUCCGGAGGCCGGGUGCGCAUCACAGACUCGUCGAAUUUCCCCAUCUCCAAGACGGUAUCAGCCGCGCAUCUCGAGAUUGCCCCGGGCGCACUACGAGAAAUGCACUGGCACCCGAACGCUGAUGAAUGGACCUACUUCAAAAAGGGUCGCGCUCGCGUGACCAUCUUUGCCGCUGAAGGCAAUGCACGCACAUUCAACUACAUGGCUGGUGAUGUGGGAAUUGUGCCUCGCAACAUGGGCCAUUAUGUUGAGAAUCUCAGCGACGAUGAGCCGUUGGAAAUUUUGGAGAUCUUCCGCUCGGACGCGUUCCAGGACUUUUCGCUCUCGCAGUGGCUUGGAAGAACACCUCCUCGCAUGAUUGCUGAUCACCUUUAUGCCUCGGAUCCCGAGUUAGCCGAGGAGUUCUUGAAGAAGAUUGAAGGUGGCGACAAGGACCCGAUCAAGAAUACAAUCUAG